UCUCUAUAGAGGGAAGACGCAUCCUGUAAUAAGGUCACACUUCACUGUAGUCUCAGCAUCCGUCUCUCGCCCGUUAAAGCAGAGCAAUCGAGACAUCAGACAAGCGGAAUAAUGGUGUGGAUGAAUGAUCUGGGAUGUCUUCUCGUGCUGACGCUUGUACGGUUUUCCGUGCAGGUGGACGUUAAGAGCGGGAAAGAAGCGGAGAAAACGGGGAAUUUCAUGGAAGAUGAACAGUGGCUGUCCACCAUUUCCCAGUACAGCCGCAAGAUCAAGCACUGGAACCGCUUCAGAGAUGAAGUGGAGGACGAUUACAUCAGAUCAUGGGAUGAAAGUCAAGGCUCGAAUGAAAAUGUUGACACCACUAAGGAUCCUUGCCAGAAGGUCAAAUGCAGCCGACAUAAGGUGUGUGUCGCACUGGGCUACCAGCGUGCUGUGUGCGUCAACCGCAAAAAGCUGGAGCACAGGUUGAAGCAGCAGGUUAUUAGACAGCAGCAGGAGAGUAACUGUAAAUCUUGCCCAGGAUCUUCCUCUGGUCCCGUUUGUGGCUCUGAUGGACACAACUACGCCUCUCAGUGCAAACUGGAGCAGCAGGCUUGUCUCACAGGGAAGGAAUUGAAAGUAAGAUGUACUGGUCUCUGCCCCUGUACUGCCACCGCGGCUCCUGCUACAGACAUGGACAGCAAACACGAGAGUUGCACAGGGCAGGACCUGGCAGAUCUGGGAGAUCGCCUGCGGGACUGGUUCCAACUGCUCCAAGGCAACGGCAAGCAGAACAGCACGGGGAAUCCUGUAGCCAGUUCUGCAUCAAUUGUGGACCGAACUCUUGUUGCGACCUGUAAGGAUUCUAUUGGCUGGAUGUUCUCUAAGCUGGACACGAACAGUGACCUGUAUCUGGAUCAAGCUGAGCUGUCCGCCAUUAAUCUGGACAAGUAUGAAGUGUGCAUACGGCCCUUCUUCAACUCCUGUGACUCCUACCGUGAUGGCAAAGUCUCCACAGCUGAGUGGUGCCUCUGCUUUUGGAGAGAAAAGCCUCCCUGCCUGGCUGAGCUAGAGCGAAUCCAAGUGCAAGAAGGAGCCAAGAAGAAUCCAGAUACAUACAUUCCCAGCUGUGAUGAGGACGGCUUUUACAGGAGACUGCAGUGUGACAAGAGCAGAGGGGAGUGCUGGUGUGUGGACCAGCAUGGAGGAGAGUUAAUGGGCUCCAGAAUCCAUGGCAACCCCGACUGUGACGAGGUGGUCAUGUAUUCUGGCGAUUUUGGCAGCGGGCUCGGAUGGGAAGAUGAGGAGGAAAAGGAGGCGGAGGAGAACGGCGAGGAGGCUGAGGAGGAGGAAGGGGAGGUGGGGGAGGUAGAUGACGGUGGAUACAUUUGGUAAAACGAAACGUGAUUCUCACCUUAUUCGACGUAGCUUUCUGUGGCCCAUUUCUACAGAGGCAGCUCUAUCUUCUGACAUUAAACGGUGGACACUGGAGGGUCUGUCAUCUUUAUACUGCACUCCAAACAGCAUUGACUUGGGGAGGACGGGGGGGAGGGCGGCUUGGUUAGUGUUAGCUGUAGUGAGAUUACGGUAUUGGGAAAGAGUUUUCGAUUAUUGGGCUUAUGGAUACUUGUGAAACAUCAUAUUUUUGUUGUAAGUGCAAGAGUUUUCUCCUGAAUCAGUCUCUAGCAUCUGCAAACACGAGCUCAGAAUUAGGCGCUUGAUGUGAUGCAUUCUUAUGCAAGUCUAAUAAGUACAUACUUUCGUCACUAUACAUUCAGAAAUGAUACCUGUUAAGUCUAAAGCUACUUUUUAAAGUAUGUAUAUAAAAAUAGACAGGCUUCAGGGUCUAACCUGUUUCAUUAGAUCUUCUGUCGACCAUCAACAACUGCUUUCUUUGGGAACUGAGACUGCUGCUAAUGUUUUUGCUGUUAGAGUUUCUGUGAAUUCUUUUAAAUGUCCUCCAAAUGAUUUAGCAUAUAUGAACACAGAUCACUAUAAAUACAAAGAGACACAAAGUCCAAAAACAUCAAGAGCUAAGUUAGCUUAGCU